UCUCUCUCUCUCUCUCUCGUUGUGGUGGAGUUGCUAGCGUGCGCGGGGCAGCGAUCGGCGCACGCUUUUGGUUGAAAAAGGCCGAAAUCGGAAGGGAGAUUGGGGCUCUGCGCAGUACGCCACCGGCGCACGAUAGUCGGAUAACCGCUCAAGCGAAAAAAUAUAUAUACGAUUUGUAUUUGGGGAAAUUUGUUGAGAAAAUCAGACUGAGUAAUGGCUGCUCCACCAGCGAGGGCUAGAGCCGAUUACGAUUAUCUUAUCAAGCUUCUACUGAUCGGCGACAGCGGUGUUGGUAAGAGUUGCCUUCUUUUGCGUUUCUCUGAUGGUUCCUUCACCACCAGUUUCAUCACAACCAUUGGGAUUGAUUUUAAGAUAAGGACCAUUGAGCUUGAUAGCAAACGGAUUAAGCUCCAAAUUUGGGAUACAGCUGGUCAAGAACGGUUUCGUACUAUUACAACCGCUUAUUAUCGAGGAGCCAUGGGGAUAUUGCUGGUCUAUGACGUAACUGACGAAUCAUCAUUCAAUAAUAUUAGGAAUUGGAUUCGCAACAUUGAACAGCAUGCCUCUGAUAAUGUCAACAAGAUACUGGUAGGGAACAAGGCUGACAUGGAUGAAAGCAAAAGGGCUGUGCCCACCUCCAAAGGUCAAGCACUUGCGGAUGAGUAUGGAAUCAAGUUUUUCGAAACUAGUGCAAAGACCAAUCUAAAUGUUGAACAAGUUUUCUUUUCAAUAGCAAGAGAUAUAAAGCAAAGGCUUGCUGAUACUGACUCCAAAGCUGAGCCUACAACGAUCAAGAUCAAUCAACCAGACAAGGGGGCUGGGUCUAGUUUAGCGCUACAAAAAUCAGCUUGCUGUGGUUCUUAAAAUGACUAAUAAAUUAUUUUAAAAGAGGGGCGUGCGUGCAUUAAAAGAAUAGUUGUGCUUGGAGAGGAGAAAAAGGACAGAAAACUAACUGCAUGACUAUAUGAUGGAUGAUUGUAAUCUACUUGUCAUUCUUUUAAAACCCGUUUUAGUGUGUGAGAUAGUUUCUUAUUAUUUGGGAGCUAUAUUUUGUGGCAAGUAACGUUUUCUUA